AGAAUCUUCACAAAACUUCGCGCAUCGCGUUUGCAUUACUCAUCAGCACGCUCAUGUGAAUCUGAAAACAUGACAACGCCGCAACUUGAGCUCCAGCAAAGACGUGUCGUAUCUUCUUUCAUAUUCUCGUUGCAGAAGAGGCCGUGCGUUGCGCUAUUUAAGCGCAGCGGUUCUGUACAGACAUAUCGUCACCGACUCGCACCUAUUUCAGGCACCAUAGAGCCCCCUGAGUCCCCUGUUGCAGCUGCAUGGCGUGAACUCAAAGAGGAGACCACCCUGACACCCCGAGACAUUGAACUAUGGAGACAUGGAAAACCUUACACAUUCAGUGACCCCGCAAUCGGGCGACAAUGGACCAUCUACCCCUUCGCAUUUCGACUCAAACAGUCUGAUGAGGGUGGUCGCGGUGAAGCCGGUAUUCACAUCGACUGGGAGCACGAUGACUGGGAAUGGUUUGACCCCCGAGACAUCAAAGAGGACGGACGGGGUGUGCCGCGAUUAGCAGACAGUCUGCAUCGUGUCUGGUUCGAGGCGGAGAUGAAUGAGGAGGCGAGUCAAGCGCUGCGAUCUAGUCUCCAGCAGCUCAAGAAUGACCAUCAAAGCGGAUCUCAUGAGUUGACUACCAUCGCAUUGACGGGAUUCCGGGAUGUGUUGGUGCAUCUACGGGAUGAUCCGAACUGGUGGCGGACUGCUCGUUUGGCUGCAUGGCAUAUAGGGAAAAACGGUCGUGAAAGUAUGUCUUCCGCAACACAGAAUGCUUUUCUAGCUGUAUUGGAUGAUUUGGAAAAGAUAGCGGGCUCCAAUUCUGGAAACGGGGUCAUAUGGGAAAAUGUCCUGGGCGUGGUAGAUUCCCACCUGGAAAAGAGACGUGAGAUGCCGGCUCGCAUAAGGGACUCGUUUACAGCAUAUCUGAACAACACAUUCGUGCGAAUGACAGACUCACACUCACCCUCUACACUUACGAUUCUCAUCCUCUCAGCCAGCUCAACGAUUCGGGAUAGUAUCCUGGAUGCAUUCGCUUCUCUACCAAUCUCAAAGUUGGAUAUACGCAUUUUAGAAUCUCGACCACUGUGCGAAGGUGCAAGUAUGGCAUCUUCCUUGGUCGCAGGUUUCCAAACCAAGUUUCCGUCAAGUGGCGACCGUCAUCUCAAAUUAACGGUCUAUACGGACGCCUCGGCGGCCAUCGCUGCUGACGGUGUGAACUUUGUGCUACUCGGAGCUGAUUGCAUCUCGAGUGAGGGAUGGAUCAGCAAUAAGAUGGGAUCUUUGCCGGCUGUUCUCGCCGCGAGAUACGCCAGUCCGACCGUGAAAGUGCUGGUAUUCAGUCAAUUGGAGAAGGUCGCUGAGCCGGGGUCUGCAAAAGACCAUGUACCUGAGAACAAUGAUCCUGCAGAACUCAUGACUUCCUGGCCCGGAAGCGGCGUCAAGGGCUUAGGUCUUCUCCAAAAGCAAAUAAAUACUCCAUCGGGAUCGAGCAAUUGCGAGGUUGAGGUAAAAAAUCUCUACUUCGAAUGGGUCCCUAACAAUCUGAUUGAUGGAUACGUCUGUGAGGAGGGGACUGUCUCUCGAAAGGAUAUCAAGGAAAAGGCAUACCAAGUGAAAGAGAAGGCAGAUAAAUAUUUAGCAUCGCUGUAA